AUGCCGGGGCGCCGUGCGGGAGAGGAAAAGGGAUGGGGGCUCGGGCCCUGCGCCCCUCCCGCUCUCCCCGGUGUUGGGGAGAGGGGAGGAGAGGGUGUCGCAGCCCCAUGGGCAAAAGAGCUUCUCCGGGCUGGCUGCAGCUGCUCCGAACCAGGCAGGUGGGACGCGUCCCGCGGGUAUCUUGCAGGGGCCGUGGACCAGAGUCUUCCCGGGGCAGAGAGUGCUUAUGUGAGGGACAGAUUUGGCUUUUGCCUCCGAGGAGGGGGGCCUGCCCUGCCCCGAGCCCCUGCGACCCGGGGGUCUGGGGUCCGUUCCUCCGCCGGCCGGGAGCGGGAGAGGGAGGCCCGGAUGAGGAAGACAGCCGUGCCCGCACGAAAUCUGCGAUCCACCUCAUGGCACCCGGCAGAAGAGGACUGCUUCACCCCGGCGCUGCGGGAGCCUCUCGCCUGCAGAACAACCUCGGAGGGACCCAGUCGGGAUGAGAAAACUAUGCGGUUGCCUUGUAAGCAGUAUCUCCGCAGCGGGGGAACCUUUGCUCCCGUCGGUACUAAUCCCCCACGCCACCACACGACAGGGGAAAAAAGCAAACUUAUAUACACAUGUACGGACGGCCGAGAGGCACAGGCAUUCUCGGAUGAGGAGAAGUAAAUACAAAUUUAUCCCUGCGUAACAAGUCAGAGGUUCACUAAAAUGU